GUAUUUGCAAAUAUAAUGCUUGAUAUUUGAUAUUUAUUGAUCUGGGAUGACGAGAGGCCUUUGUGAUUACAAGGCUCAGAGGUCGAUUAAUUCAAAUGAAUAGAGGCAGUUCGAAUGUGGGGUGUCGACGGAGCUUGGUGUGAAAAUGUGACCAUUUGGCCUCAAGAGUGUUAGCAACCAAACACCUAUAUAACAGAGCGCAAUCACACCCAAGGCAUUUGCUGAAAGCCUGGCCGUCACGCAAACUGGAGCAGAAGCAAAAAGGAAAAAAAAAGAAUCAAAGAAGAGCAGUGGGGAGAAGUGCUGCAGCUACUUUGGCUCAGUUGAAGAGCACAUGAUGCUUGGAGUGGACGUGUACCCCGGUUUAGCUUUGGGCCCUCAGAGGAUUGGAGACCGCUUCUAUAGAGAUCGGGAGCCCGCCGCCCACAUGCCGCUGUUCCCGUCGACGUGUGACCGGGUGGCCAAAGCCCCGCCGCCCGCGAGGCUUUUGGCGCCCCCGCCUGUCCUCCACGGCGAGCCGACGGCCCAAGCGCAAAAAGACGACGUGAAGAUGGACCUGGAGAACUCGUCCCUUUGGAAGCAGUUCAGCUCAGUGGGAACGGAGAUGAUCAUCACCAAAAAGGGAAGACGAAUGUUUCCGGGUAUGAAGUUGAAGGUGUCGGGCCUGAACCCAUCUCUACGCUACAUCCUCCUCCUGGACAUCAUCCCAAUGGACAACUCCCGCUAUCGCUUCCAAGGAGGUGGAUGGCAGGCGGUGGGCGGGGCUGAAGACAGGCUGCCGGACCGCGUCUUCAUCCACCCGGAUUCCCCCGCCACUGGAGCUCACUGGCAGAGCCGCACCGUUUCCUUUCACUAUGCCAAGCUCACCAACAACACACUGGACACGCAUGGGCAUAUCAUCCUCCACUCACUUCAUCGCUACCAGCCAAGAGUGCACGUGAUCGAGGCCCGGGACAUGCUGAGUUGGGGCGGAGGGCAGCACUCCUUUGUCUUCCCCGAGACCCAGUUUAUCACAGUCACUGCCUACCAGAACAGCAAGAUUACAGAGUUGAAGAUCAGCUCCAACCCUUUUGCCAAAGGAUUCCGGGAGGAAGGCAUGAAUAGCAAAAAACAAAGAGAUGCAAGACAGAAGCGGAAAUUAGCAGACAUGUCGGAAAGUGUGCCAAUAGGGAACUGCGAUCCAUGUGACUCCACUCAGCACCAUCCCAACAUAACCGGAGCAGACCUGCAGGCCCUCGCGUUGGCCUCUCUGCCCGCCGACCCCUCAUGUAGGUUCCAGGACACCCUCGUCCCGGAACAGCCUCUGGACCUCGACGAGGCCUUCAUGGCCUCCCAGAUUCCAGACAUAAGCGAGGUCACAAAUAGUAUAAUUGAAAGUUCUGACUCCCUGAGCGAGGCAGUCUUCACCACAUCCUUCCAGGCAACUCAGACCAGCUCGCCCUCUUUCGUUCCUCUCCCUCAGCCCUCCCCCUUCCCGUCCAACCCAUCCGAACCUCCCAGUGACUACCCCGCCGUCCUCUCCUCCUCCCCCACCCUUUCCUCCACCACCUCGCCGUCUUUGCAGCAGACAGCCUUCACCUUCCCCACCCCACCGUCAUCCUCCUCUUCACCCUCCUAUCAAGCCAACCCGGAGCUCGACACCUCUUUUCCUCCGUGUCAAUCUCAGGAGCAAAUGUCCCUUCUCAUGCAACAAGAUGACAACAUUUCCAGUGGCCGCAAUUCACCCGCUAAGCAAACUUCGGAAGCCUUCAUUUAUCCGACUAAUCUCACUUCAAUUCCUGAGCCCCAUCCCCCUCUGGGUGCCCCCCCGGCACCCUUUGCUUUCCCAGCCCCCAUGCAGAACCUGUCCUUCCCAAGUCAGGCUCUUCACCUCUCCAAUCUGGCCCAGCAAAAUCAAGCCCCGAGUUUUUCCGCCACCUUCCCCCACCACUCAUCUUCCUCCCUGCCUUUCCAAACCUCCUCUUGCUUCCCCUCCACGCCUCACCCUCAAAACCUAAACAACAUGGCCCCCUCGUACCCCUCGGUGGAGCUGGGUGGAAUCCCCCAGUUCUCCCCUGCCGGCCCCUACCGCUCGGACGUGAUGCUGCACCACCCCUCCCUGCUCCAGCAGCGGGAGCCACCCCUUCCCAUCCCUCCCGCUACCCCAAGCAUCUACCCACCCUUUACCUCCUACCCGCUCCGGCUCCACCAAGACCCUCACCCAUCUCUCAGCAUCCCUCUCCGACCACUAUUUCGACAUCAGCAUCCCCACACCCAAGGGUCCUUCUUGGAUGUGAACACCGGGGCUGUGUUCUAAAACAAAAAGGACAUUUUGAUGGUGAAUUGUUUUUGGCUUGAUGGCUCUUUUAGGCAUAAUAAUAAUGUAAUAGAUUUGAUGCAUUGUGAUGUAGAAAAAUGAUUUGUAAAUAGUACUUUGGAUGAAAUAGCCAUUGCAGAACAUGGAAUUAAAAAUAUGAGUCGUAUCUUCUUUUUUUUCUGUAUGACUGCACAGUAAAAAGGUACAUUACAUUAGCUAGCUAGCAAGCUAACAAUACAGAUGGGUUACAUGGAUAGAUGCAUUGACUCGUCAACAUUUUAGGCCACUAGAAUAAGAAAUACCAAACUGCCAUUGCAGCGUCUAUGAUGUGAUGCUCCUUAAUGCAUCGUAACAAGCUGCUACUGUGAUGUUAAAAAUAAAAAAUUAAAAAAAUCAACAGAAUGAUACUUGAAGUCAUGCCCGCCCCCGUCGCGCUCCAGAAAAUUGAGUAAGUCCCUUCACAGACGUGACGAGGCUGCAAUGUUAAUCAUUUCCUCUGAAGACAUUUCAAGUGACACCCUCUCAAUAUGUAACUCAACCUAAAUUCCGUGUGUUGACAAUUAACCCUAAAUUUGUGGUCCUCAAACGUU